AUGUCCACAACUAGAGAAGGAGUAAACCCCCUGCGCCCCUAUUAUAUACCACCCUCUAUAGGGGAGCAGGCCGGGAGUCUCCCGUCUCAACCGAAUCCUUUCUCCCAAGGAAAUGCGACAGCUUCUACUCCAAACAAAUACGCCUCCCGAGCUCGUGAUAUCUUUCCCGAUAUAGACUAUAAGGAUCACCUCGACGAUAUAUCACCAUCUACUAUACAAUCCGUCAAGAGUCUAGUAGACGAGCUACUAUGGAAGUACACGUCGGUAAUAAUGGCUCAGCCCUUCGAGGUGGCCAAGACGAUUCUGCAAGUGAGGAGUCAAGAUGACCUCGGAGGGUUAAAUACCCAAGCGGCACCGAAGCCUACCAUAAGGCCCGCCAGCCCGGUUCUGUCGAGCCCGAGCCUUUCUAGUCCGAACGUUAUCGCUCCCAAGCGUUCGGUAUGGGACGAGGAAGUCGAAUCUGAUUCAGAUCCGGAAGGCUCCUCAUAUUUCACGACUAAUACGCCGUAUACGCCUACGCCGCCUCCAAAGUCGAAGAGGAGGGACUCGUCGCCCGCAGCACCCGCCGCGUCGCCUACGAGACCCGUAACCCUCCCUCAUCAUCUCGCUCUAAAGCGGCCCGGCUCGAUACUUGACGUGCUGUCGCAGUUAUGGUCGAAGGAGUCCAUGUGGGGGGUUUGGAAAGGAACAAACGCCACGUUUCUCUACACGGUGCUGCAGUCGCUGUUUGAGAAUUGGUCGCGCAGCCUUCUCAGCGCGCUGCUGAACGUUCCCGAUCUGGGACUAAAAGACGACGUCGACAGGCUAGUCGAUGUCGCAUCGCCGUACCCUUGGGCUUCGUUGUGCGUUGCCGCAGCCGCAGCAGUAUCAACGGGACUCAUAUUAGCCCCUCUCGAUCUCGUCCGGACGAGAUUGAUCGUCACGUCCACCGGACGUACCCCGCGGCGGACCCUAUCAACCUUACGGUCGUUACCUUCGUGGCUGUGCCCGUCGUCCCUAUUAGCACCCACCAUUCUCAACUCUCUCGUCCACCCGCUCCUCACGUUAUCCACACCCCUCGUCCUACGAACCCAAUUCCUAAUCGACCGCGAGCAGUCUCCUAUGACUUUCUCCGUGGCCAAAUUUUGCACCUCGUGCGCGUCCUUAUUCGUUAAGCUACCGUUGGAAACGGUCCUCCGCCGUGGUCAGGUGGCGGUACUGUCGGAGCACACGUAUCUAGAUGCUCUCGAUCAGACAGAUAAGCUAGAGACGAUCGUACCGCCGGGACGAUACAAUGGAGUGUUCGGUACGAUGUAUACGAUUGCUACCGAAGAGGGCUCUAGAGCCGUGUACGCGGUGCCGAAUAAGACUCCGGCCCGUGGUAAAAAGGCGAAGCAGUCUAAGACCACCGCAGAGGUGGUAUACAAGAGGGGCCAGGGAUUAGAUGGGCUCUGGAGAGGAUGGAAGGUCAGCUGGUGGGGGCUCGUUGGGCUGUGGACGGCCGGAGUGGCAGGAGGUGGCGGAGAAGGAGAGUUCUAA